AUGUGCAUAGAUUACAGAGCAUUAAACAGGGUUACCAUUAAAUCCCGUUACCCCAUCCCGCGAGCCAACGAACUGAUCGACCAAUUGCGCACAGCCCAGGUUUUCUCGAAAAUCGACCUUCGAGGGGGUUACCAUCAGAUUCGCGUCAAUCCGGCUGACUGCCCCAAAACCGCUUUUCGAACACGCUACGGAUCCUUCAAACACAUGGUUAUGCCUUUCGGACUGACCAACGCCCCCGCCACCUUCCAAAUGACGAUGAACGAGGCUUUCUACCCGCUUUUAGAUAAGUGCGUCAUCGUCUACUUAGACGACAUACUGAUUUACAGCCCCGAUAGAGCACAACACCUACUGGACAUCGAAUUAGUUUUUAAAAUACUGAGUGAGAACCGCAUACUGAAGAAAGCGUCUAAGUGUGAGUUUCUACAGGACAGACUGGAAUUUUUAGGUCAUAUUACUUCAGCUGACGGAGUGGAAAUAGACCCGAAGAAGAUCGCGACGAUCCAGGCUUGGCACGCACCGACAAAUCUGACUGAGCUGCAGAGUUUUUUGGGGUUCGUCAACUACGUGCGUCGGUUCGUCCCCGACAUGGCGAAGCUGACCGCCCCUGUAACCGACCUGCUGAGGAAGGGGGUUGAGUACACGUGGGGGGAGAAAGAGCAAGCUGCCUUCUCGGCCCUCAAGAAAAUUUUGUGCUCGCCGCCCGUGCUUCACAUCGCAGAUCCGCAUCGCCCGUUCGAGCUCGUCACCGACGCAAGUGACAUCGCUGUGGGAGCAAUAUUGUUGCAGGAUUUCGGGAACGGCCUCCAGCCAAUCGCGUACGAGUCCCGCAAGUUGCACCCGCCCGAACGCAACUACCCGAUACACGACCGCCAGAUGUUGGCGAUCGUGCACGCGUUCAAAGUGUGGCGAUGUUACCUGACCGGCACCGAUGUGGCAGCACCAACUGCACCUGGGUACCCGCGUACUCACUUCUGA